CCAGGCCUUUGCUCCGACCCGCCACCCCCCGUUUCAAGACCCGGCCAGGCUGGCUGAACCGGCUCAUCGCUCGAUCGUCGAAAGACCCAAUCGAUAAAGUCUGGUCAUCGAUGGGCACACGGCAAACGCGUUCAUUCUUUCUCCAGAGGCUUCGAUAUUUUUCCGUCGGCGGGCGGAGGAGAAAAGUGUCUGUUCCUGCUGCUUGGCUUCCUUUUCCUCCACGAAAUCAAACAAACCACCGGUCGCCUCCCUUUCCGGAGCCUUGCCUCGCUGAUCGGUCUCUUUGGCUUAUAAGCGUAGAAAUAUACUGCAGAGGUGAUCGAUCGACUGAUCGACGAUGGAUUUCGAGCUGCGAGCGGCGCGGGAGAAGCUGGAGAGGGAUCAGAGGGAGCGGAAGGAGAGGGCCAAGGCCCGACUGGAGAGGGAGAGGAGGGCCAAGGCCGAGGCCGCCCGUCAGCGCGAAGCCGUCGAGGCUGCCCAGAGGGCCAAACGCCUCGACGCCGAACGUGCUCGUCUCGAGGUGGAUCAACAAACUGAAGAAAGUCUGCUUCUUGGGAAAGGAAUUUUGUUUUCCAGAAUUCUUGAAGCUCUUCCUUAUAAUGGAUAUGGAGAUAAGAUCAAACUGCCAUCCUCCUGCUUCACAGAAUUAUCUGAUCAAGGAGCCCUAGAUAAAGGCCCCAUGUACUUCAGGCUGUCAAAAAUUGAUGACUCGGGUCCUCCAGGUUCAGAUGCUACUGCAAAACAAGAGUGUCAAACAACUCAUUCAGGGGUUUUGGAAUUUACUGCAAAAGAAGGUUCUGCCGAACUGCCACCCCAUGUGUGGAGCAACUUGUUCGCUGGUGACAGUCCAGAUGUUCCUCUAAUUAAGGUGCAUUAUGUUAGCUUGCCCAAAGGAACUUAUGCUAAGUUACAACCUGAUGGGAUGGGUUUCUCUGACAUUCCUAACCACAAGGCUGUACUUGAAACAACACUCCGUAGACAUGCAACCCUUUCUCAAGGUGAUAUCAUCACAGUUAAUUAUGGAGAACUAAGCUACAAGCUAAGGAUUCUUGAACUAAAACCUGCUUCUAGUGUAUCUGUUCUAGAUACAGAUGUUGAAGUUGAUAUAGAAGGGUCUGACUCUGUUUUGGAUAGCAACAAGAAUCAGCAUGUGCUCAUGCCACUUGUUUUGGGUAAGGGUGAAUCAGGAAUUGUUGAAGAAGGGAAAUUUAAUUAUUACAAGUUUUCUAUUGAUGACGCCAUCAGUGAGAAAGUUGCAACUGGGUUUAUGAAUAUUGAGGUAAAGAUUGAGGCAGAUACAUCCAAUGCAGAUACCAAUAUUUAUGUAUCUAGGCAUCCAUUGGUAUUCCCAACUCAGCAUCGUCAUGAAUGGUCAUCCCAUGAGAUGGGUUCCAAGGUUUUAAUACUCAAGCCAAAGGAUCCAGGCCUGGUUGCGGGUACAUACAGUGUUGGUGUCUUUGGUUUCAAGGGUUUGGCGAAAUAUGACAUUUCUGUGGCUGUGAAAGAUAAUAUCAGGCAAAGGGUUGGAGAACAUGCUAAUUCUUCAUCUCAAGUUGAUGCUGACUCUGUAGAAUGUCAGAACUGUAAACAUUUUAUAUCCACCCGCAGCAUCGUAAUUCAUGAAGCUUAUUGUAUCAGACACAAUGUUCUUUGCAAACAUGAUGGCUGUGGAGUUGUCCUUAGGAAGGAAGAAGCAGCAGAUCAUGUACAUUGUGGUAAAUGCAGGCAAGCCUUCCAACAGGCGGAGAUGGAGAAGCACAUGAAGGUGUUUCAUGAGCCACUUCAUUGUCCUUGUGGAGUUGUCCUAGAGAAGGAAGAAAUGAUCCAGCACCAGUCCUCAAACUGUCCUCUGCGAUUGAUUACAUGUCGUUUCUGUGGUGACAUGGUUCAAGCUGGGAAUGAACCAGUGGAUGCCAGGGAUCGGCUCAGAGGACUGUCAGAACAUGAAAGUAUUUGUGGAUCUAGAACGGCACCAUGUGAUUCAUGUGGUCGUUCUGUCAUGCUGAAGGAGAUGGACAUCCAUGUGAUUGCUGUGCAUCAGAAGAGCUGACUGCUGUGCUGCUUUCUUUUGCUCAACAAUCCUUUCAAUUUAGUUGUUCUGGGGAUUUUGGUGCUUUGAAGAGCAAUCUGUUUUAUAUUUGCUUUGUAUAUGCCAGCUUACCUCCUUUUCCAGCAAAUUGUGUUGAGUUACGGCAUGAAAGUGCUGUCCAAAAUACAAUAUUCAUGGUUUUAUAUCGUUAGUGGCUUUGGCUUGUAUCCCGAGUUUUCUUUUCUUGUGUGAACUUCAACAAUAGAAGCUUUGACACAUUUUCAGCUGGGAAUUUCUUUUGCUAGAA